AUGGCGCGGCUCCACCACCUCCUAGCCCGCGCGCUCGCCUCCCACCACCUCCUUCGCCCGUCCCCGCUCCCUUUCUCACCGCGGCCGACUCUCCCGCUGCACUCGCCGCCGCCGCAUCCCCAUCCCCAUACCCGCAGCCCACCCCCUUUCCUCCCCGCCGCCUCGCGGUACUACGGUUCACCCUUAUCCAGACGGCGUCGGCGCGUUUCAGCCCCGCCGAUGCUGCCGAGGCGGAGGCGGGCGAGGCGGAAGGGCCCCGGCGAGCUCAGCGUGCAGAUUGGCAUCGAGGAAGCCCUCCCCGACGACCCCCUCGUCCUGAGCAUCGCAGAAACGCUUCGAACGGAUGUUGGGAGGGCGAUGAAGCUGGCAUUCCACAAUCUGGAGAACUCGGAGUACAAGACCAGGGACACUUCCAUAAGAAAUGUGGAUAACUAUGACAGCGUCGAGGUCUCUCUGCUGCUCUGCGAUGAUGGUUUCAUCAGGAAGCUGAACAGGGAAUGGCGGGACGAAGACCACGCUACGGAUGUCCUGUCGAUGUCCCAUCAUAUACCGGGGCUUGAUAUCCCCGUGCUGCAGUUGGGUGACUUGGUAAUUUCUGUCGAGACGGCCCGUCGGCAGGCAGAAGAAAGAGGCCAUACGCUUCUUGAUGAGAUGAGAAUUCUCACGGUGCAUGGAUUAUUGCAUUUAUUGGGCUUUGAUCAUGAACUCGGCAAGGAGGCUGAAGAAGAGAUGGAGAAGGAAGAAGAACAAAUAUUAAAUAAUCUUGAAUGGAAAGGGAAAGGACUCAUUAGGAGUGCAUAUCAUUUCAGUACAGACAUGGAUCAUUCAGAAAAUUCUGAUGAGGCCAAUAGCGAUGUAGAGAAAAUGAGCGUACGGGAGGGUCAUCAUCAGCCAAAACUGACCCAUAUAGUAUGUGAUAUAGAUGGACACCUGCAUGCAGAAUCUAUAGAACCUUUGAGAGAGGCUAUAUCACGGGGAGUAACUGUUAUCAUGGUUACUGGGAGGACCCGGGCUUCCACCAUAGCAACUUUCAAGCUUCUUAAUAUAGAAGGAAAAGAUGAAUUUAUAUCGGAGAACUCACCUGGUGUAUUUCUACAGGGUUCACUUGUUUACGGAGGGAACGGCCAACUGAUUUAUAGAGCAAACUUGGAUGUGGAUAUAUGCAAGGAGGCAUGUUUGUACUCCUUAAAGAAUAAAACUCCUCUUGUUCUAUACUGUGAGGAACAAUGUUUGACCUUGUUUGAACAUCCUUCUGUCGACUUGUUGCACACUCUGCACCAUGAGACCAAGGUAAAAGUAAUGCCUUCAGUUGAAGACCUCUUAGAAUAUUCAUCCAUUCAGAAGUUGCUUUUCCUUACCAAUGCGGAGGAAGAUUUAUCUGUCCUAAUACAGCAUUGGUCAGAACUAACAGAAGGGAAAGCAUGUGUUGUCAAAGCGCAGCCAAAUGCACUUGAGAUUGUUCCCCUUAAUGCUUCUAAAGGUGGUGGUAUCAGGGUGCUACUUGACCAUCUCGGAAUAACUGAAGAUUCUGAUCUUGAGGCUGUUGGAGACUAAGGACCUGUUCGGAACCUCUUCGCUCCUCCACAAUUGAUUCUGGAGCAGAUGGAGCUGCAGUGCAAUUUUAUGGAUUAGCUCAAACCGAGCUCUACAUGCUCCAUGGAUUUUCACGGAGUGGACUGCUUCAGAACAGGCUCUAAACCAGAUGGCCAAGCAACAAGUGAUCCAACUGAUAUGAUUAUUGAAGUAUUCUUUAGCAAGAGAGUAUUUAUGGAGAGAGCUUGAGAUAUUUUAAGAAAUGGCAUGUAUGGGAUGCACAGAAGACAACAAUUAGUUGUCCUGCAACCAUGUACUUCAGAAAAGGGAUGUGGAUGUUGGGAGUGACAAGUUUGAUAUAUUUCCUAAGAUGUGGGCGUUGGAGAGAUGUCCUUAAUGGAGCUGAACAGAAAAGAAAACAAGACGAGCCUAUCCAUAUGAUAUCAUGAAGACAAACACCAAUUGAAACGUUUUUCAACUUGUGACUACGUUAUAUAACAACUCCUGUGCCCCUUGAUUCUGAGCAACCUGUCAUUGUCAUUAUUCAUGACAAUAUUGGUUUUCCACAUAAAUACUUGUACAGUUGUCCUUUGAAGAACAUUUGUAAUGAUUGUUUAGCCCAUCGUUCCCCCAUCUGAUGACAAUUUGUUUAUAAGGAAUCAUGGGAAAGUUUAACGGAAGUAGCUGUAAGCUGCUGUAUGAUUUAUUGAGUUCUUCUGAUUA